AUGGGGAUCGACAUGAUCGAGCUGCGUACGGGCUCGUCUCGCUCCACCACACAGCCAUGCCUCGCGCUUGCACCGCGCCUCGCGCUCCUCCCGGCCCUGGCCGCGGCCGCCACCGCCGCGGAUUACCGCCGCCCGCCCCCCUCGCCGCGCCACAAGUGCGGGGCGCAGGGCACGUACGCCCCCGGCCGCGCCUACGAGGCCAACCUGCGGCGUCUCGCGGCCUUCGUCCCCGCCCAAGCAAACGCGUCCACCUGCCGGUGCUCCCCCGGCAACCACGCCGGCGUGCGCCCCGACCACGUCGCCGCUUCGGCCUACUGCUACUGGCGUCCGGACGCGGGCUGGCCGUCAGACUGCGCCGCCUGCAUCGCGCGGGCCUUCGAGGAGGCGCAGCGGCUGUGCCCGUACCACAGGCAGGCCAUGGUCGUGGUCGACGGCGGCGAGUGCAGCAUCAGCUUCCACGACGUCCAGCAGAGGGAGGAGAGCAUGGGGCUCGGCAGCGCCGGAGAAUUUGUGGCAGAUUGGGAUCAUGCAUCACAUCUCGACUUGCUCCAAUAUAUGAAUAAAAAGGAACUGGCACGCUAUAUGUCGGAGGACGAAGUGUUGGAAUCGAAGAACUUUACAGAACGUGCUUCGAAGUUACCAGGAUGCCUCACCAUCUUUAUAAUCCAUCUCCCUCGCUGCCGUACGUCACCAGACACCACCAUGAAGAAUCCCUCGCUCCUUCCCCUCGUCGUCGUCCUCCUCCUAGCCGUGUCGCUGCCUCCCACCGCCGCCGGUAUGCUGCCUCUCGCUCUCGUCGGCGACGGGACGUCGCCGUACGUCGAGUGCGCCGGCGCCGGCGUCUACGCGGCUAACAGCACCUUCGAGGCCAACCGCCGCCGCCUCGCCAGCCUCCUCCUGGCCGAGGAAGCCGCCCGCGGCCCUUACUACACGGAGCGCGCCGUCGGGUACUGGCCUAACCGGCCGCAGGCCUCCUUCUUCUGCCGGCUGCGGCGGCGCGACGUUGACGGCACCGGCUCCGGCGACUCCCCCUGCGCCGCCUGCAUCGCCGGUGCCUUCCUCGAGGUGGAGAGAGAGUGCCCGUACCACAGGAAGGCCUUCUUUUACAGUCGCAACUGCACUCUCGAAUUCAGCGAGUUCCGUAUCUUCGGGACGGAUAGCACCUUCGUUUCAGAAGGAAACGUACUGAGACAAAUCUUGGCUUCGGGAUUGAUAUUUCAAGCAAUUGGAUUCGCUUGGCUGUUCUUCUUGCUACUUCAGGAAUGGCGCGGCCGGAAAAGAGGCACUAUGAUGCAUCCCACCUCUCUCUUAUCUGGAGAUUAAGAGAUGUUGGCACCUCGGGCACGACUUAAAGCUUCAGCGCCUACUAAGGCAGGGCACAACAGUCAAGCGUGCGCCAAUGGAUGUUCUCCCAGGCAACUAAUGAAUGGAUACUUUCUGUCCAGAUCGCAGGACUUCACAUUGAACAUUUCAAAGUAGUUCCAAUGACCAUCAUGUGAUGUCACCUACUCUGUUCCUGCUUUCAUAGAAUUUCUUGUACGGCUUAUUUGGAUGGGCUCAUUGGUUUCGCCGGUUACAUCAUCAACUGUAAGAAAUGUGCUCAACCGGCGGCUACGCCCUGUUCUUGUUCUCACUUGCGAAAUUAAGAUAAAUUUUAUCUCAAA